GAUGUGUAUGUGUUUUUGAGUACCCAAAUGGAUUUUCUUAUAUUGGUGUAGCUCUUGAGAUCUUAGUGAUUUAAGCUACAUUUUCCUUUUUUUUGUGUGGGUUUUCUGGAUGUUUGGCUCUUGGGUUUGAGAAGUGUUCUGUAUGUGUGUUUUUUCAGAGGGCUGUUCUAUGUAUGUGGAAAGAAAGAUUAGGGUUUAUUAGUGUUAUUUUCAACAUUCUAUCUGUAACUUUUUUUAUGAAAAGCUAUUCUUUUUCUAAUUAAGGAAGAUUGUAUAAGUUUAAGGUAUCAAAUGCCUUUUAUCCUCCACUCAGUUUAUGAUCUUAUUAGGAUAAUUAAGACUGUGGCCUAAAAAGGUAAAGCAAUUAUGGAAGUAGGAUAUCUCAAGAAAUUAUUGGAUGAUGCUAUAUGUAAAUAUGAAAUUUUCCUGUAUCAUUAUUAUCUUCCAGUUGUGAGGUAGAAAAUUUAAGGCCUGGGAAUCAGUGGAUUUGAAGCUCCAUUUCUUUCCAAUUUAUCAAGUGGUAAACUAGGGUGAGACAAGUAUGAAAAAGAGGCAAUUUGGGAGAUCUUAUUCCAAUUCUUUCCUUGGAUUCUACGGAUGACAGUUGCUUAGGGUAUAAGUAGCGAGGUCUUGCAUUUAAUCUGCUAAAGUCCCUUACGGCCUUGCCCUAGAUUACCUUGCAGGAUUAUCAGUUGUUUACUCUGCAUAUGGUUAUUAAACUUGCAUUUCUCUUGAUAUAUGGGUUGUACCUAGCUAUAUGCUUAUUUAGUGCUACUCCAACAAGAAAUGAUGCAUUUGGACUGCCUUCUGGAGGUUACAAAGGAUGUUAUGCUCCUCUCUGUUAUAUUACCUCUUUCUUAGUAAUAAGAUCCAAGCUUAUAUAUGAAUUUUUUUGUUUGCUUUAUAAGGCGGUUUAGGAUUUUAUGGUGUUGCAUGAUCUCUUCUAUGUUAAUCCAUGGUUGGAUCUGGUGUAGGUAUUGGCAUAUCUUAAUACUCAUGUGACUAGCUCAAUUGGUGUACCAUCAGCGUUCCUGUUGCAAGUCCCCAUGUUGCCGGAGGGUUAGUGGAGUCAUGACUUGUGUAAAGAUUGUCAGUCGUCUCAAGGGUUCUUUUUGCCACCUGCUGCUAGUAAUUGCUCUCUGGUUGUGUAGUUAUCAGAAUGUAGUGGCUCUUCCUCUGUUACCUAAACCUUGGCAAACUCCUUCCACAUCUGAACUACCUAGCUCACCAAACAGUGCAACUUUUCAGCCAAUUGAAAUAUCACCAACUAUGAUCCCUCAUUAUCCUUUUCAUGGAGAACCUUUGCCACCAAUGUACCCUUCCUUCCCAAAGACAUACGAUCCUGUCUUGACUGGAAGAUGCCCUGUAAAUUUUUCAGUCAUUUCAAGCAUCACAGGGAAAACAGCAUCUGAUUGUACUCAAUCUUUGUCGACAGUAGUAGGGAACGUGAUAUGCUGCCCACAGUUUAAUAGCUUACUCCACAUAUUCCAGGGAUUCUACAGCAACCAUUCUGAUACUUUAGUUUUACAAAAUGCGGUGGCUGAUGAUUGUUUUAAAGAUAUCAUCAGUAUUCUAGCCAGCAGAGGAGCAAACAGCUCAUUAUCUAGCAUGUGUUCUGUUAAGUCUUCUAAUCUGACUGGUGAGUCUUGCCCCGUGAAGGACAUCAGUACUUUUGAGAAAGCUGUAAAUACAAGCAAACUGUUAGAAUCUUGCAGCGCAGUUGAUCCUCUGAAAGAGUGCUGCAGACCUGUUUGCCAGCCUGCAAUUUCUGAGGCUGCACUUCAGAUCUCAGGGAUAAAAACGACACUCAGUGAUAACAAGAACAUAGUUGAAGUACCUAGUGAAAUUGAUACCCUUAAUGAUUGUAAGGGAGUGGUCUAUUCAUGGAUUGCAAGGAAACUAAGGUUUGAGGAUGCCAAUACUGCAUUUCGGUUGUUGUCUUCAUGCAAAGUUAACAAAGCUUGUCCCCUGGACUUCAAGCAGCCAUCAGAAGUGAUCAACGCAUGCAGAAAUUUAGCUGCUCCCAGUCCUUCAUGUUGUAGCGCGUUAAAUGCCUACAUCACAAGGAUACAGAAGGAAAUGUUGAUCACAAAUCGGCAAGCAAUUAUAUGUGCUGCUGUAUUUGGUUCUAUGUUACAGAAGGCUGGAGUCAUGACAAAUGUUUAUGAGCUUUGUGAUGUUGACUUGAAGGAUUUUAGUCUUCAAGCGUAUGGGCAAGAAGCAGGGUGCUUGCUUCGAAGCUUACCUGCAGAUCUGGUAUAUGACAAUUCAACCGGGUUCAGUUUUACUUGUGACUUAAAUGACAAUAUUGCUGCUCCAUGGCCUUCAUCAUCGUCGGUCACAUCCUUGUCUCUUUGUGCUCCUGAGAUGUCUUUGCCAGCUUUACCAACAUCACAGACAUUUAGUUCUGGCUGUCACCUGGGCGGAGUGCAUUUCCUCGUGUCCACUACUAUGAUUUUUGUUUCAACAUUGUUGUACUGAAUAGAGCCUAUAGGAAGACAGACACUGAAUGACCAGAUCACAUGUAUAUGUUUUGAGUAUCCUUAUGUAUAGCUGCUGGUAUUUGCUUAGCGAUUCAUGCUUUUGCGACUACGAUUGUCUAAAAAAUUGCAUGCAAUGUGCAAUUUAUUCUUCUGCAAUUGCAUUCUGUUCCGCUGAA